CGUUUCUCACCAGUUGCUUCUGCGCUCCUGCUUCGCGAAUAUCGCCGAUUCUGGGCUCUUCGAGAACCCUUCUCCAUGUGACAGCAGAGCGUUCGUUCAAAUUUGUUCUGUUCGAGUUUCGUUUGGUUUUGGAUUGCGGCUUGACUUAAAAUUAAUCCUGAUUUCCUAUUUUUACUGACAAGCACGUGUUUCUAUCAUUUGCGAUUUUACCGAGGCCUGCUAUAAUAAUUUGAAAAGCGAAGCUUUUUCUCCAAACGGAAAUCGACACUUUCCCUACUCAGAAGAUGGACGAAGUCCGCUAUCUGUUGACAGCCAACCAGUCCGCCGAAUUCGGCAGCGUCCUGUUAUCCGGCAACUCCACCCCUUCGUCGUCCUCUCUUGCCAACUACCCCCGGGCGACGACCCUCUUCGCCACAGUGUGCUGCAUCUUCUUCAUCAUCUUUGGUGUCUUCGGCAACCUCGUCACCAUCCUGGCCCUGAGCAGGUGUCGGAAAUUGCGCAACGCGACCACCGCCUUCGUCAUCAGCCUGUGCACCGCCGACCUGCUCUUCUGCACCAUCAACCUGCCCCCCACCGCCUCCAGGUAUAUCCAUCAUAACUGGGUUUUAGGAGACACAUUGUGCAAAUUGUUUCCAUUUUUCUUUUACGGAAAUGUUGCAGCGUCUUUAAUGUCCAUGACAGCAAUAACUAUCAACAGGUACAUCCUGAUCAACCAUUACAAGUACUACGAUAAGAUCUACCAACGCAAGUACAUCGCCCUGAUGAUCGCCUUCUGCUGGAUCUUCAGCUUCUCUAUGCUCACCCCCACCCUGGCCGGGGCAUGGGGAGAGUUCGGGUACCACGGCCCGAGCUUCUCCUGCACCAUCCUGCGAAAGGCCGGCCGCAGCCCGAAGAAGUUCCUCUUCGUGCUCGGAUUCCUGUUGCCCUGUCUCAUCAUCGUCAUCAGCUACUCCUGCAUUUUCUAUAGGGUGCACAAGAGUCGUAAGAACGUUGAAGCUCAUUCCCCGUCGCCCGCGAAGACCCCUGGCGGAGUAUCGAGUCCCGCUCCCCUGAUGCGGCAGCUCUCCCAGCGCCAGGACGAGAUCCGGCUGACCAGGAUGAUGCUCAUCAUCUUCUGCUCCUUCUUGCUCUGCUUUCUGCCCCUCAUGAUAGUCAACGUCUUGGAGGAGAAAAUCAGGUUACCCACUGUUCACGUGAUGGCUUCGGUUCUGGCCUGGAUGUCGUCCUGCAUCAACCCCAUCAUCUACGCAGCAAUGAACCGGCAGUACAGGCAGGCCUACGUGCGGCUCUUUUGCGGGAACAAGCGGAGGAUCGGGGCCACCAACUCGAGUUCCAGCACGGCUCGCUCCGGGUCCAGCCACUCUAAGACUCUGAUGUCCGAGGUGUUCGUCUUCAAUCCCACAACGAACGGAACCAACGGGAAUUGCGUGCAAAACAACGAAAAGAAUAAGAAAAGUGAAGAAAACAAAAUAUAAUCUGGAACAAUCGCGAGACCACGCCCACAAAGAGUCUCCGAAAGUAUUCUGAUUACAGUUUCAAGGAACAAAACCUUCUGCAGAAUUGCUGUUGUUAUACCAAAGAAAUGCAAAAUCAGCUCUUCCGUUUUGCGACGGAGGAGAAUUGCUCAUGUGGAACAUUUCAUUUAAAAAUGAAUCUGUGCUACAUCUUCGAAAAAAGAAUCUUUCUUUUGACUUUCGAGAUCAAGCGUUUCACGUGCGUCAUUUUCACUCGCUUUCGCCGACACGAACUCAUUUGAAUCGAAUAAGGGGAGCCCCUUAGAAUAGGAAUAAGGGGAGCCCCGAAGAAUGAAUUUGAGGAAAAUCACCGCUUCCCGUCGCAACUUUAGUCCAGUCUCAGAAAAACGGUACAACUAAUAACAUAACAAUUUCAUCUUUAGAAAUAAAUGUUUCAUACAGUAAUGUCUCCACUUUCUCCGUUCCGUAUUUCCUGUUCAUGCAAUCAAAGAUGUAUAAAGUGCUAUUGAAAAUGAAUUUUUUUAAAGUUUCUAAUGUCGAAAUAUAUUUCUAAAAAAAUGAGAGAUUUAAAAGUAUAAAAAUAAUAAAAUGGAUUUAUUUAUUUAGAUGUUUAAUAUGAAAUACCUUAUCUACUCAUUGAAUUGCUUGUCUAUAUAUCAUUUUAUGCAUUGUGUCCUAUUUUAUACGAAUAUUGCAUUACUGUAUCUAUUCAUAUUGCCUGUGUGUUGUUAUCCUAUAUGCCAAGUUUUAUCAUUUCUUACUAUACGAUUUACAGUUACAUAAUUAUUGAGAGAAUGCAUAAAGUAUUUUUCAUGUCUACGGAGGCACAAAUAUUUAUAACAUUUGGACAAAACUGGACAACCCGACUAACGACGCCUUCAUUAAUCCCAGGACUCGGGAGUUUUACCAUCACGUGCCUUUUUUGAAGAAUGGUUCUUCUUUUAAUUUGAAAUCAAUAUUUGUUCAUUAGUAAUUGCAAAGAAUUUCAAAACGGAUAAUUCAUUUUGUAAAACAUAUUUAUUCAAAAACAGUGGAUGCAUAGAAUUUUUAAAAAUAUGGAAUGAAUUUAUUAAAUCAAGGAAUACACUUAACAAUAACCUAUGAAAUUAUUAUUUUUAUAACAAUGUACUUGAAAAUAUGGAUUCUUUUUAUAACAAUGUACUUGAAAAUAUGGAUUCUUUUUAUAACAAUGUACUUGAAAAUAUGGAUUCUUUUUAUAACAAGGUAGAGGCAAAACAGUGAAAAAAAAAAUGCUUCAUAACAAACCGCUAAAUGUUUUUUUUUUUUUUUUGAUAUGAUAGAUUCUAAAAGUGCAUAUUUUAUGCUUCUCUAAAAACGGAAGGUUUCAUUUUCUUGAACGUUGAAAUUUCUUUUGGAAGUUCAACCAAAUGAUAGAAUGAAGUACACUUUUGAAAUAUUCCAAAUUUUAUGUUGUCCAGUUACUUUACCAAACAUAAGAAUUUUAAUUAUAGUGUAUUUUUAUUUCAGAAAUAUGUUUAAAUGUUUGGACAAAUUUUUUUUAUAAUAAAAAAAAUUGAAAAAUA